AUUAGUAAGAUAAAUUACAAAAAAACAAUUAUAAUAAUGUUUAUUAAGUUACAUAAAAUAAAUAUUAUACAACUAAAUCCCUCUUAAUAUUAAACAACAUUUAAUUAAUUUAUAAAAUUUGUUUUAAUCAAUUUAAAAUUCUGUAUUAAAAAUUAGCAAAAAAUUUAAGGUGAACAUAAGAUGGCCUGAUUUUCUACUUAAUUAGCCAAUUUUCCAAACAAAAUGAAGUUGCUCAAAGUUUGCGUUCUUAAUUCUUAUCGCAUUCUCCGACAAAAUUUCCAACUAGAUAAGCUAUUCGUCUGACUCAGCUUCCGUGAUCCGAAACGACCCCACCUGACCCAACUCAAACUUAACUUAACCCGACAAGAAUCUUUAAUCGCAUUCACAAACGGCUAAAUUAUCAAUUAAUUAAAUUAAGUUAAUUAUCUAAUAGUAAUGACCUCGUCGCCUAUAAAUUAAAACUCUCUUCUCUAAACUUCCUCACACAAUCACACUGCAUCCCAUAACAUCGGAACUACAAAUAAAAACAGCAAACGCCGUCGUUUCACAAUGCUCUCUUCUUCCUCAACCUUCUUCGCUCCUCCAUUUCUCUCCUCUUCUCUCUCACCACCGUCUCGAACUUCCAGGAUCUCGCCGCCUCUUUCUGCCACCACCGCCGCCUCUUCUUACUACACAUGCGCCGACGAUCCACCAAGACUGCGGCAGAUCCCGCAGCGAUUGUCGGCGGCAGCGUCUCUCUACGAGAUUCUCGAAAUCCCCGUCGGCUCGACGAGCCAAGAGAUCAAAUCGUCUUACCGGCGGCUGGCGAGGAUCUGCCAUCCCGACGUGGCGGGAAACGGUCGGUCGGCGGACGAGUUUGUGAAGAUCCACGCCGCGUACUGCACGCUUUCUGAUCCCGAGAAACGCGCCGUUUACGAUCGGAGGAUCCUUCGUCGGAGCCGGCCGUUGAGUGUCGGCGUUUCUGGAUUCGGCAGUUACGUUGGAGGGAAUUGGGAAACUGAUCAGUGCUGGUAGCGAGUCGUCUCGGUGAUGGAGUUUAACCAAUGCAUUAAGUUUUUUUUAUAAUCGUAAUUAAUAGUGCAAAAUCCAGAGAUUAAUGGGGUUGUAAAUGAUAAAGUCUAAAUGUUGUAUGAUUAGUUGCUUAAUAUGGCGUAUUGGCGAUAAUCAGAAUGCUAAUAAUAUCCGCUGAAUCUCUUUUCAUUUUAA